AUGCAGGAAAGGCCCGAUGGAGCGGCGGCCGCCGAGGGGAAAAGGGGAGAGGGAGGAAAGAGAGCCGGCGGCGGGAAAGGGAGGGCCGCUGGGGCGGACCCGGACCGGGCAACAAGAGGGGGAGGGCGGGAAGGGAGGCAAACGGGCCCUAGGGAAGGGGGAGGGAAAGGGGAGGGGGCGGGGGGACGGGGGCAGGGCGCAGAGGCCAACAAGGCGCCGGGUGGGGGAGGGGCCGCCAGGCCACCAGCGACGGGGACGACGAGCAGGACAGGGCCGAGGGACAGGGAGGGCAGACGGAGGGGCGGGGCACGGAGGGACCUCUCUCCCCUUCAAAAAGUUGAGAACUCAGAAACCCCAACCUUCGAUAAUCCUUCGUUCCUAUCGUCUAAGAUUCUCACCGACCAAAGCAAGGGUGGAGAACAGGAUAAGAUUCCGCAGUCAGUUGAAGUCUCAGAGGUGAGUAUUGAUCAAUCUACAGUUGUUCCUACUUUUAAGUUUGUGGUAACCAUGGAGUCUCUAGAGAAAGAGGCCGUCAAAAAUGUACUGGUCAUAUCUGCUGAUGGAAUAGUGUAUGAGGUGAUCUCUAGUGUGCCUGAGUCUCAGAAGAAUGAGACACAAGGGUUAAUGGAAGAAGGAGCUCUGGUGCUUUUUGAAAACUCAGCACCGGCAGGAACUACUGGGAUUGUUUGUGAAGGACUUGAUCCCUCUCCAGAGGAAAAAGAUCAAGGAUCCUCUUCCCAGGUCAGGUUCGCCCCUGCUCCCUCUCCACACUUUGCUGUUGAGCCCUUGGAAUCUUGUUGCCUGAGAUGA